AUGGCGAGCGUUGGCUCGGGCGCGACCGACGACGACGGCGUCGACGUCCCGGUCUCGCGAUGUCCGUUCGCGCACGGCACGGUGACGGUGGAUCCGUAUCCCGGGUACGUGCACGGGAAGAAUCCGCGGGUGUGCCCGCGAGGGUGCGUCCCGCGGCCUCCGAGCAAACCGACGGAGAGCGCCGAGAGCGCUCUUCGGAGGGAGGCGGAGGAGUACAUUCGUUUGUUCGGUAAAGAACACGGAUGGGACGACGAGAGGGUGGAGAUGAGAGUGAAUGAGGUGCUGACAUCGAUAAGAGAGACUGGAACGUACGCGCACACGUUGGAUGAGAUUAGACACGGCGCGCGCGUGGCGUGGCGGAACGCGCCGAAGUGCAUCAAUCGCAAGUAUUGGUCCACGCUCGACGUCAUCGAUGCGAGAGGAGCGACAACGAACGAGGAUAUGUUUGAGGCGAUUAAGGAACAUUUGCAUCGCGGGGUCGAGGCGGAUCACGUCCCAGUUCUCAUGACGGUGUUUCGUCCGCAAACGCCGGGGACGAACGACGGGCCAAGAAUUUGGAACUCGCAGCUCAUGCGAUACGCCGGGCAUCGAGACGCGAGCGGGGGGGUCGUGGGUGAUCCAGCGGAGGUCGACUUCACAGAUGUUCUCAAGAAGCACUUCGGCUGGGCGCCGGAAAAGACUGGCAUGUUCGACGCGCUGCCAAUCGUGGUGCAAAUAAAUCCCGAGACGCCGCCAGCCAUGUUCACGCUUCCCGAUCAGUGCUUUCUUGAGGUACCCAUUCGCCACCCGACGAUUCGUGGCAUUUCUCAGCUCGGUUUGAAGUGGUACGGUAUACCGGCGGUGUCGAACAUAACCAUGGAUCUCGGAGGUUUGCACUACACGGCUGCACCAUUUAACGGAUGGUACAUGGUGACGGAGAUUGCGACGCGGAACUUUGGCGAUGAGUCGCGGUACAAUCUUCUACCGCAAAUCGCCGAGGCCAUGGGCCUAGAUACAUCGACGCACGACACGCUAUGGCGCGAUCACGCUCUGGCUGCGAUCAACUACGCCGUGUUCGAUUCAUUUAAGCGGGACAGAGUGAGCAUCGCCGACCAUCACACGUGCGCGGAGGCCUUCGCCGAUUGGUACGUCGAGGAAUUGAAGACGCGCGGGUACGCUCCGGGAAACUGGAAAUGGAUCGUUCCACCCACGGCGUCGUCGACAUCGUCGAUAUAUUUGGGUUUGAAUAAGAUGACCGAGUACACGCUGAAACCGGCUUUGGUUGGUGGAAUGGGGCUUCGCUCCCUUCUGCGUCGCGCAAAGGAUGCUGGCUUCCUCACUUCGGACGCGUUUUCGACAGUGUCAAUUCGUGUCGCCAUCGCCGCGGCGAAGUUUCGACGAAACAAAUUGAAGGUGAAGGGUGGAAUCGUGCUCUACGCCUCGGACGGCGGCCGCUCACAGUCUCGAGCGACAUGGCUCUGGUCGUUUCUGUUCCAGAGGUUGCCCAUGGUUCGACCAGUGAACGUGGCGAAUCCAGACGUGCCUCUGACUGAUCUUUUAUCAAACGUCGAAUUUAUUUUAUUCCUCGCGUCGACGACGGGUUCGGGUCAGGUUCCAACUGGUUCCGAUAGUUUUAUCGAGUGGACGAAGACCGAACACGGUCGCACGGCGUUGCGAGGUAAAUACUUCGCUGUUUGUGCCUUCGGAUCACGUGCGUAUCCGAAAUUCUGCGCCGGCGGCGAGCAAUUUGCCGCCGCGCUCGCGGCGGCCGGCGCGGUAGCGAUGUUUCCAAUCACUCGAUGUGAUCAGCUCAACGGUGAAGACGCGUCGGUACAUAGCUACACCAUGCGGUUGUUUGAUUGGCUUCUCGACGCCGAUCGCAUUCCUCGAUCUCUUCGCGACUUGAUGGUUGAUCAAAUCAAUGGCGGUGUGGCCAUCGAGCCCGCUUUUACGCUCAAAGUUCGACGGCAGGAUGUCAAUGGACGAAUCCAUCUCGGCCCGACGGUGCAGCACGGAAUCGCUGCGGAAUUGAUUGAUCGAGCCAUAACCGGGAACGGUGCUCGAAUGAACACCGUGUGGUUGAAGUUUAGGCUGAUUCACGCGCGCGAAGAAGUACAAUAUUACAAACCCGGCGAUCACGUCGCGGUGUGGCCGCAAACGAGCGAGGCACGAGCGCGAUACUUUGCCGCGCACUUUGGUCUGACAUUCAGAGACGUUCUUGAGCUUGUUCCGAAGAGUGAUGCGUUAUUAGUGAAAAAGUCCAUCGAUCCGGCCAUUCCGAACGUCGUGAGCGUCGAACACCUUUUCACCAGGGUACUGGACAUCAAUGGCGAAGCUUCAGCUGCUCUUUUAAGCGCUCUCGCGCACUACGUCGACGACGACGAGGUAAAGGAGUUUCUCGAGGAGAUAGCUUUCAACGAAGACGCUCGUCAAGACUGGGCUGAGAUGACCGGCGCGAGAAUAUUUUCCAUCUUUGAGCACUUUCCGACGCUUUCGACUCUUCACAGGGGCGACAAGGCCGUGGGUCUCGACAUGCUGCGUGAUAUUAUUCUAAAAAUUCCGAAGUUGAGACCGCGCUAUUAUUCCGUCUCAAGCUCGCCGCAGCAUGCGGGGAACAACGUUUUUGCGCUCACUGUCGGGCGGGUGACGUACAAGUCCGGAGCGGGGGCUCGAAUGCACCUUGGCUUCUGCUCAGAUUUUCUCGCUACGCUGCCGAUCGGCGCGAAUGUCACGGUUGAGUUUCGGCCGGCGCCGUCCUUUCGAUUGCCUCGCUCGCCGCAGGCACCUAUAAUCAUGGUCGCCGGUGGCACCGGUAUAGCCCCAUUCAAGGGCUUCGUCGAACACUUUGCGACGUUGAAUCCGGGAGAAAGAGGAGAGGCGUGGUUGAUCGCAGGCUGCCGCAGUCAAGACAAUCAACUCUACGCAACCGAGUUCAAUGAAGCCGUGCAUCUCGGUCAUUUGACAAAGUAUCUCGUAGGUUUCUCGCGUCAACCAGGCGUGCCUAAGACGUACGUCGAUACCGUGCUGCGCGAACAUGCUGACGACCUGAUGGAUCUUAUCUCACGCGGCGCGCACGUGUACGUUUGCGGGGACGUCCGCAUCGAGACAAGCGUUCGCGGCGCUAUGUUGGACAUUUUAGGCGGCGAAGCGGCUUUCAAUGAGUUGGAGAAGUCUCGUUACCAUCUCGAUAUUUUUGGUGCGUUCGACGUGCAGCAUCAACACGAGCGUCGGCUCAUGUCGGCACGAAAGUCUCUAUCGCUUAGACGACAGGAAUCAAUUGGUUCGUUGUGCUUGUCGUCGCCGUGA